AUGCUCGUGAAGAGCAUCUGGCUGGGCGAUCGCUACAUAUAUGGGCCGCAGCUGGCGCGGGCCCUGGGGCCUCGGGUCCGCAACGCCGCGGAGGGCUGCCCCGCGAUCGACGGCGCGGAUCGAGUUGACGACGACGGCAGACUGGUCGGUUGGGAGGGCGUCUUUGAUCACGCGCUGGAGAAGCUAGACUACACGAGCCGAAAGGACACAGGCCUGCUGGCGGAGGAGUUCUUUUUGAAGAUCGGUCGCAUCUCGGGCGAGACCUUCCAAGACUGGGCCGCCAGGUUCGAGAAGCAUGACGGGGAGUUGCCGACGCAACUCCAGGCGAUCGACGCCGACGUCAAGGAAAAGUCCCGGCUCACUCCCAUACUUCGAGGAGAAAUUACGGCGACGGCAGACGGGGACUUCAACUCUGCGAAGACCAACAAAACGUUGCUCACGCGCUUCCUGGCGGAGGCCUCGGCAGAGCUCGACGGCAAGACGAAGCGCGAGCGGGCCACGUUCGAGAACGAUGCCGGGGACGACGAGUACGAGACUGGUGGAGAAGCCGACGAAAUCUACGAGAUGGUCGAGCAGCUCAUUAAACUCGCUGAGGAGAACGAUGACGAGGACGAGCCUGUCGACCUUGACGCGGACAACGAGGCGUUCGCUCAGUUUCGCCAGGCUGGAAUGAUGCCCAGAGAUGCUCGAGAUUUACUUCGGCAAGUACGGGUGGCGAAGGACUACUACCCAGUCGGGGCCCCUAGGGACGAGGACGGCCACGCGGACAAGCCAAAGGGCGCGGACGUGGACAACAGGAUCGGCGAGUACGCUUCGAAGGGACGCGUGACCUGA